AUGCCAAAGGUUGUCGCCGAAAGCGGCGAAGUCGCUCGAUUCCUUUGGAGUCAAAUUCAAGACGGCGGGCUUCACAGAGAGCUCCCAUUAAUGUAUGCAGACAAUCAGCAUGCGUGGAAUUCCGUACUGUCAACAGAAGGUUUCGAUUUGGUCUACAGCUACUACGGUUCUCGGCGAAAAUAUCGUCGGAAGGAUUCUGCGACUCAAGCCGCUUUACAGGCUCGAAACCAUUUCAUCAACUUCGUUGAAGGAAGGACAUCGAAUCCAAUGCCUCUUGAGGGCGAUUCAGAUCCACACAAGUGGAUAAGCGAGCAGAUUGUGGAGAGGUUUGCCAGAAAACAGAAGGAACAGCAGAAUUACAUUGCUCUUGUCUCUGGCGCAAGACGUCGCAUUUGGGGAAAGGAGCUGGGUUUGGGAGGAUCCAGUGGCAAGCGUCGGCCAGGCCAUGGCUGA